UGGGUACCGAAUUGUCCAUUUGAACAACCCCGAGUGAACCGAGAUGGGCGGUAAGGCGAAGACGCAAAAGCACACAGCGAAGGAGAUCAACAUGAAAAUCAAAGCUGCUAAGGAGCGUGCUGGUGCUGCUGGUGGCGGCGCGUCGGGUUUGGAAAACCGCAAGUGUCAAAAGGUCGGCGUCAAGUGCGAUAUCUGCUUACACGAGUUUCUGUCGUUCGCCGACAUGCGUAUCCACUACGAUGCGCGCCAUCCACGCGAAGCCUUUCCUGAAGAAACCAUCAAGGAAGCAUUUGCUGCCGCCAAGAGCAAGACUGCCGAGCGACGAGUGGGCCAUCAACAAGGCAAGUUAGAUUACAAGCAUAAGGACGGAGAUAAGGCUACGUCGGGAAAGCCUGCACGUGCUGGGGGAGUCUCUGACGAUGUGGCUGCACUCCUGUCGGCUGGCCUUGCAGGCUUGAAGUAGAGCUGUCUACACUACGACACUGUGAUACCUAGGAACAGAGAUCGAUUAAUAUUGCGCAUUUUUUCACUGCAUGAUCCACAACUUGGGGAAGCGG